UUCCGACAAUCACUAAUGACGGCACUGGCGUUCCGUUGCCGAGACAACACUUCCGGGACGGGGAAGAUGGCACACGUGAUUUCCGGCGGGCCGUCCGGGCUGGUCAUGGCGGCGGCGGCGGCGGCCAAGGAGGAGAAGGACGUGGACAAGGACAAUGACAACGACGUGGAUGUGGCGGCGACCGAGGGCCGGGUGCGGGCUUGGGCGGAGGUGCAGGCGGCACGCGGGCGGCGUGUGGCGCUGGUGACGUCGGGCGGGACGCAGGUGCCACUGGAGGCUCGUGCCGUGCGCUUCCUGGAGAACUUCAGUAGCGGUCGGCGCGGGGCCGCUUCGGCCGAGCGGCUCGUGCGGGCGGGGUACGGCGUGUGCUUCCUGCACCGCGCCCGUUCCGUCUUCCCCUGGGCCCGCGCCCUGCCGCCGCACGGGCCCGCGCUUCUCGACGCGCUCCGCCUCACUCCGGGACCACCGCCUGGCGUGGCCGCCGACCCCGCCGCGCUGCCCGCGCUACUGCCCGCGCUCCGCGAGUACCAACGCGCCACUGAGGCGGGCGCGCUACUCGCCAUCGAGUUCACCGGCCUCGUUGAGUACCUGGCGCUGCUGCGCGCGGCCGCCCGAGCCCUGGCACCCCUCGGCUCCAGUGUCAUGUUCUACCUGUCAGCCGCCGUGUCGGAUUUCUACAUCCCCGUCUCCGAGAUGCCAGAGCAUAAGAUCCAGUCCUCGGAGGGGCCCCUGCAGAUCACAAUGAAGAUGGUGCCAAAGAUGCUGUCACCCCUGGUCAGAGACUGGGCUCCUGAGGCCUUUGUGAUUUCCUUCAAACUGGAGACAGAUCCCCAGAUCCUUCUGGAUAAAUCUCGGCAGGCUCUGGAAAAAUACCGGCACCAGGUGGUGGUGGCCAAUGUCCUGGAAUCCCGGAGAACCUCUGUCAUCAUUGUCACCAGGGACUCACAGACUCCCUUAUCCCUGUCUGAUGAGGAAGUAGCACAAGGCAUGGAAAUAGAGGAGAAGAUUGUGAGUUACCUCCAGGGCCAGCACACGGCCUUUAUAGAGAGAAAGGGUUGAGAAGCAGCUCGGAGGAAACAAGAGAAUUGUGCUGCAGAGGGAGUGGGACCAGAGCGAUUGCCUGUCCAGGGAAAUAAACCAAUCCCCAUGGAACACUAAGGAGGGCUUUCCAGCACUCUGUCACUUUUACACCACUUGGCCACAGCUAUUGCAGCUUUGCAAAAGAGAAAUAUAUGGAAGUGAAACCAUUCUAAAGGAUAUUUGUCCUGGUGUCUAAAGGAGGAACAGGAGCUUUUUUCUGUCCUGUGGGCUGGGAGAACGAGAAAUUAAGAUCUCCGUAUAUAAAGAAUUUCUUGAAUCUC